AUGUCGCCUGCAUCUGGUACACUCGUUCACUCCCUGGGUCACAACACCUUGGGAAAAGCCGAUAUUGCUGUUCAGACUAUUUUCAUGAAUGUCUGUUUGAUCGCGGUUGCUUUAAGAUUGUGGUCCCGGAGAUUACAAUGGCUUUCGCUUCAAGUAAAUGAUUGUUUGAUCCUUGGCGCAACGUUCUUGAUGAUCGGUCGUUAUGUGGUGGAAAUCAUUCUGGUUGUGCUAUGUGGUAUGGGCUUGCGUCCCACUGAGAUAGUUCAUAUCGGAGGCAAUGAGGUUGUGGUGAAAUUCCUCGCGGUCACGUACGCGGGUGACCUCCUAUGGAUUGCGGUGGUCUGCUUGACCCAGCUGUCGAUUCUCGACUACUACGUCCGUAACUUCGGCCAGCGCACUAUCAAUAUACUUUCGUAUAUUGUCGCAGGUCUAUGUCUAGCGCUUUCUAUCGCCGGAUUCUUUGCGACCGUGUUCACAUGCGAUCCACCGAAGAAGAUAUGGCACGAGAACGUCGACGGCCACUGCGGUGACCGUGAGAUGUUACAUACUGGCAUCCACGCAACUGAGAUAAUUUUGAACUUCUUUAUUUUAGCCCUUGCAGUUCCUUUCACAUGGAACAAACCAUUAUCAACACCCAGGAAGUUCGGGCUGGUGGGAACACAAGCUCUAGGGCUAGUAGUUAUCGUCAUCCUUGCAGUCCGCACGAAACUAGAGUUUAAAUCCGAAUCAGCAAACUCAACACACUUCGCAGUCAGCAAGUCAACCCUGACAUGUAUUGUGCCUAUAUUGGGUAUCAUCACUGCAUGCCUUCCAAUUAUAUCUCCAGCCAUUCAAACCGUGUCUGGUCGCCCAUCUCUUACACCGUCGACUCAAACUUUCAGCCCAGAUCCAGGCUCGCGGCAUUGGGACUCUAGAGCCCUUACGGGCAUGCGGCUAGAGGAACCUGAAAUGCCUCUUGUCACUGUCCAUCCACAUGUCAUGGCCAAGGCAGGAUAUCUUGCCCCCGGACAUAUUCGCAUAACCUCUGACUGGGAGAUUCAUUCGUCGCGCGGCUCGACAAGGCCCGACAGAUCAUCUGUGCGGCGGUUUUGA